AUGUCGACCUCUUCGGCAUCGCAGCAGCCCGACGGCCAGGCCAAGUCGGCCAAAGCCAACAACGAAACCGUCGAGGCUCCUCCUCUCGUCUACCUCACCAACAAGUGGAUCCAGGACCUCACACAGCGCAUCCGCGCUCGCCCCAUCCCUUGGGAAGGUUACCACAGGGCAGAUCUGCUGAGCGCCGAUGAGCUCAAGAUGAUCAAGAGCGUCGACGCCAUCGUCAUCGGUCAGAACCGCUCCAAGCUCGAUCCGCUGCUGGAUGAGCACGGACAGGAGUACGUGUCGCUCUAUCUGCGCCUGCUCUCCAAGCUCAGUCGCACCGACACGCUUCAGCAGAUCCUGGUGCUCGUCGACGACAUGCUCUCCGAUCGCGACGACCGCAUCGAGCUCUUCCUCUCGCUCGACGGCCAGGAGGAGCAGGACGGCGUCGGAUUCCCUUGGAAGCCGUUCGUCAAGCUGCUCGAUGUGCCGGACGACUUUGUGCAGAUGAAGUCGGCCCAGUUCCUCACGCUCCUCCUCGUCUUCUCCGCCACCCACUCGUCGCAACCCGAGCCACCUUCGUCCGUACUGCCGCGAUUGCUCACCUUCCUCUCCUCGCUCUUGAGAGGCGCAAGCACCAAGGGCGCAUCCGCCACAUCCGCACGCACUCCCGCCUCGAACAACACGUCGCCCGCCACCCGCCGCAUGUCGCCCGACUACGCCGAGGGCAACGGACCCGAGAUCGCGCUGGUGCUGCUCGAAGCGCUGCUGCGCACGCAGAAGUACCGCGUCGAUGCGUGGGAGUACGACGUGUCCAAGAUGGGCCAGGUGCCCUCGUCGUCGGGCAAGGCCAAAGCCAGCAGCGACGACGAGGAGGAGCAGCAUCAGCUGUCGGAAGACGUGGACCGCGGCUUCCUGUCGGAGCUCGCACAAAUCUUGCGGCUGAGCAACGUGCCUUUGGGUGGCUCCUCGUUCAACUCGAACGCCGCCUCGCCCACAGGCUCUGGAUCCGCCACGCCUUCGCGCACCACCACGCCUUCGGCGGCAAGCACGCUGGUGGCCGGAGCCAACAACGGCAGCAAUGCGACGCGCGCGGGUACGCAGCUCGUGUACCAGGUGGUGCUUUGCUUCUGGCUGCUCAGCUUCCACAAGCAGAUUGCGGCCGAGCUCAACGUCAAGCUCGGGCUGGUUCCGCUGCUGGUGGACGUGGCACGCAAUGCGGUCAAGGAGAAGGUGACGCGCGUGACGGUGGCGACGCUGCGCAACCUGCUUGCCAAGGCGGCCGAUGUGAAUACGCCCGUGAUGCUGGGCAGCAAGGCGCUGCCGCUGUCCGAGAAUCUGCUGGCGCGCAAGUGGUCGGACGAGGAGAUUGAGGAGGAUCUGCAGUACAUCCGCACCGAGCUGGCCGAGAGACUCAAGACCAUGACCACCUGGGACGAGUAUCUGUCGGAGCUGCAGUCGGGACAGCUGACGUUUGAAAGCCCCGUGCACGAGCUCGACGAGUUCUGGAAGGAGAAUGCGCCGCGCUUCGUCGACGAGGAUGCCAAGGUGCUCAAGCAGCUCGUGGGUGUGCUCGACCAGUCGGAGGAUGCGACGACGCUCGCAGUGGCCUGCUCGGACAUCGGCAAGUUUGUCCACUUUUUCGAACAGGGCAAGCGCCGCGUCGGCGAUCUGGGCGCAAAGGCGAGGAUCAUGUCGCUCAUGACCCACCCGGACCCCAACGUCAAGUACUACGCACUCCACACCGUCGCCAAGCUCGUCUCGGCCAGCUGGCGUUGA